AACCAAGGCAUCCAUUUCAGUUCACUACCCCAACAACCCAAACAAACAAACAAAAAAGGAAUCGCCUCUACUUCUACUUUUUACAUAAUUCUCACUUUCAAUUCCCUCACUCUGAUCAAGCCGCCAUGUGUGGAGGUGCUAUAAUCUCUGAUUUUAUUGCUCCGGUGCGGUCGCGUCGGCUGACGGCUGACUACUUGUGGCCCGAUCUGAGAAAAUCGCAAUCGAAAAAGGCUUCCAGUAAUAGGUACUCGAAGCCGGCGAUCGAUUUCACCGAUAACUUCGAGGCCGACUUUCAAGACUUCAAGGAUGAUAAAUCCGAUAUCGAAGACUAUGAUGUUGAUGAUGUUUUGGCUGAUGCCAAGCCCUUUGCGUUCUCUGCCGCAAAGAAAGCAUCUUCUACUGUUUCUCAUGCUCAAGCUGAGAAGUCUGCAAAAAGAAAGAGGAAGAGCCAAUAUCGAGGAAUUCGACAGCGUCCAUGGGGUAAAUGGGCUGCUGAGAUCCGAGACCCGAGGAAAGGGGUUAGGGUCUGGCUAGGAACUUUCAAUACUGCUGAAGAAGCUGCAAGAGCUUAUGAUUCUGAGGCACGAAGAAUUCGGGGUAAGAAAGCAAAGGUGAACUUCCCUGAUGAGAUGCCACGCACCUCUCCAAAACGUGUGAUUAAGACAAAUGAUGAGAAACCACUUCCCAUGUCAAAUUUGAGCCCUGUUGAACCAAAUAUCAACCAGAAUUUCAAUUGCUUGAACAAACCAGAGCAGGUCUUUUAUGAUACCAUGGGUUUCGUUGAAGAGAAGGCACCAAUGGAUCCAUUUGCUUAUGUGGACACUGUUCCUGCUGCUGUUGAUGUUGGAUUGAAACCCUUUGGCCAAUCUGACAAUACCCCCUUGUAUUUCAGCUCAGACCAGGGAAGUACUUCCUUCGACUGUUCUGACUUCGGCUGGGGAGAACAUGGUGCAAAGACUCCGGAAAUAUCAUCUGCUCUUGAAGCUACUAUGGAGGGUGAUGAUUUUCUGGUGGAUGCAAACCCUAAGAAGAAGCUGAAACCAAGCUCUGAGAAUGUUAUGCCUAUUGAGGACAAUUCAGCAGAGAGUUUGUCUGAUGAGCUACUGGCUUUGGGCGAUCAGAUGAAGUACCCAUUUCUUGAGGGCAACUGGGAUGCCACCCUUGAUGCGUUACUCAAUGGAGAUGCAAGUCAGUAUGGUGGAGCUCUAACGGAUCUUUGGAGCUUUGGGGACUUCCCUGCCGUGGCUGGUGGUCAUUUCUGAGAACAUUUUCUCUUACUAGUUUUUGUAAAUAAGGCAUGUUAGCCGGUUUUAUCAAUUGUGUUGAUCUCUAACAACUUUUCAUUUUUCUGGACAAAUUUUCAGUAAUUUAUAUCUUACUUUUUUUUUUCUUGUUUAUUGUACUUAGGAAUUGGUCAAUCUGCUAUGGAGUAAAACAGCUAUACAAUGCUUGACCCAA